GAUAAAGAUGAUCGUCAUCUUGAUGGGCGUUUGUGGUUGUGGCAAAACAACCAUUGCUCAGUUGCUGUCAGACAAGGUAGGGUGGCCUAUUGCUGAAGCUGAUGACUAUCACACACCAGAAAACAAAGCCAAAAUGGCCAGAGGGAUUCCUUUGGAAGAUCAGGACAGACUACCAUGGCUUCUGGCAUUACACCAAGUCAUUCAAAGGUGGCUUGAUGAAGGUUCAUCUGGAAUAAUUACUUGCUCCUCUCUGAAGAAGAUCUACCGGGAAAUCAUUCUAAAUGGUAAUGUUGGGGCUGAGGAUUUUGCUGAAGAUAAAAAUCCAAGUAGGAUAAAUGGAGCAGCAUUCCCUCCACAGAAUGUCAAAUUUGUCUACUUGAAGGGAGAUAAAGAAACAAUUGCUCAACGAAUGCAAAUGCGAACUGGACAUUUUAUGCCUCCCUCAUUAGUUGAAUCACAAUUUCAGACACUUGAGGAGCCAACAGAAGACGAAAACUGCAUUAUAAUGGAUAUUGCUGAACCCCCAGAUAGGAUUGUUGAAAAGAUUAUUCACUCUUUUGACAAUAUUGGAACGGUAACCUAAAAACAAAUUCACAAAUGUGCUGUAUUUAUUCUCGUUGGUACUUUAUAAGAUAUUUACAGUAAACCAUUUAAGACUGUUCAGUAUUGAUCAUUACUGAAUUGGUCCAUUUCAACUCUAAGUUUUCCAGAGACAGCACCAUAUAUACUAUACAGUAUCAGAGUUGGAGAUUCUGUUAUCACAACAAGCACAGAAGUUAGAAACGUGGGUGUAAUUUUCAACUACAAAUGUGACAUGACACCACACAUUAACAGUGUGUAAAUCAUAUUUUAGUCUUCAACGAAUAUCUAAGAUUCUUCACCUUAUUGACAGCAAGCAAA